CCGCUCGGUUUCGCGCGGGCGGGAGUUGAAAAUGGAGUUCGAGGCCGACGACGAUGACGAAUGGGUGUGGCCGAAUGAGCUCAAGGAAGCGCGGCUGAUGGAAGGAAUCCUACGAUGCCAAGUGUGUGGGGAGUUUCUCAGUGGUCCGGUGCUGUUGCGGGAAUGCCGACAUUCGUUUUGCUCCGAGUGUGUGCGGAAGCAUUUGCUGGCGCGCGGCACGAACGGGUGCUGUCCCGAGUGUAAAUGUGCUUGUUCGUCGAGCGAUUUGAUCCCGAAUCGACCGCUCGAGCAGCUCGUCGGGUUCUUUCGUGCGCUCAAGCCCAAAGUCCUUCACUUGGCAUCAACCUCCCAAGGAAGUGGUGAUGGCGCUACUCUGGCCUCGUUGAGCACCUCCGACCUGACCGACACUGCUACUGCGUCCACAUCCACGGACAUCACCGCGCGUAUGCCCACGACAUCAUACAACUUUCUGAAGGACAGUCAAAUUCGACAGCUUUUGAAAUCGGCGGGGCUCCUGGCCAUCCUUCCAACCUCCAAAGACAACAUGAUCACAUGCCACAAAGAGUACACGAUGCUAUGGAAUGCACAGCUUGACACGAUAAACCCCAAGAAUGCGAGCCAGGUCCGCGCCGAAGUCGUGACCAAGUUUCGUCAAAGGCAGCACGAAACAGCCGCCAAGGCGUCCACGAGACGGUCCUUAGGCCUCCGUCCCGACGACCCCAUCGAGAAAGCCAUCACAAGGACGUCGGCGCUGAACGACAACUUCCGAAAACUGGCCCAGCAAGUCAAAGCACAGAAAGCCAACGCCGCUACCACCCAGCCCAAUCCGUCGGCAGCAUCGCCAUCGACAGCUUCCCCAGCUAAAACACCGUCCAAGGCACCUGAGGUAUCUCCACAACAAGAUGUUGGCGGUGACGUGGCACGCAGCUACAUAGUCGAUGGGACAGACCGCAAUCUCAUGCCCAAUGGAGAUCUGCGCUUCUUGCCGCGAGAACUCCCGCCCGCAACACCAGCCGCGACGACGACAGCAGCAGCAGGACCGUGGCGACACUUGUAUUCCAACACGUUGAGCAAACCAAUAUUUGUCCACAGCAGCACCGCGCAGGUCACAGACAUCCCUCCACCAGCGUUUGCUUCAAUGACAAAGCCGCCGCCGAUCAAACGGCCGAUGGAACUCCCGACGAAAUGGUCUUGUGCACGAUGUACCCUCGAGAACGAGAGUCAUGUGGACACAUGUGAGGCUUGCGGCGCGCCUACGACGAGGCCAGCGCGGCCAAAGCGGUCACGACAGAGCAAGCUGUCCUUGUAAUCAUUCGCAAGUCAGGUUUAAAAUAAUGACUUGGUAGGUAAUAUUAUUGAUAGCAUUCGAAUUUUAAUAAUUUUCGU